AUGAUUUUCUAUGCCACAGACGUGACCCCUGACUUUGAACUCGAUACUACAGCAACUUAUAGCUGCAAUGACGGCUACACUUUAGAUCUCUCUAUUGGUGUUGAAGUAAGGACGUGUAUUGACGAUGGAGACAAUGAUGCUGUGGGAGUGUUCAGUGACCAGAAGCCUGCUUGUGUUCGUAACUAUAUUAUGUGUCCUCCUCUACCGACCUUUACUAAUGGUAUGAUCUCCUACUCUCCCAAUAUCUCCCCUAAUUUUGAUCUGGGAACUGAUGCAACUUACACUUGUGAUGCUGGGUUCUUUCUUGAUGUAACUGCGGCUAGUCAAGUACGAACAUGUAUUGACGAUAAUGGAAUGGAUGUGAUUGGAGUGUGGAGUGGUCAGGAGCCAAGCUGUAUCCCUGUCGAGUGUUCUCCUCUAACAACCAUUGCCAAUGGAUUCAUCACCUACGUUCCCGACACCACAUCUAACUAUGAUCUGGGCACUGUGGCUACGUAUGACUGUGACGCUGGAUUUUUUCUGGACCUCUCCCUAGGGGGAUCUAUGACUAGAACUUGUUUUGAUGAUUUGGAUAAUGAUGCAGAGGGAGUGUUUAGUGGACAAGCACCAAGAUGUAUCCCCAUCGAGUGUCCUCUUCUACCGACCCUUACUAAUGGCAUGAUCUCCUACUCUCCCGAUAUCUCCCCUAAUUUUGAUCUGGGAACUGAUGCAACCUACACUUGUGAUGCUGGGUUCUUUCUUGAUGUAACUGCGUCUAGUCAAGUACGAACUUGUAUUGACGAAUGGAAUGGAUACAAUUGGAGUGUGGAGUGGUCAGGAGCCAAGCUGUAUCCCAAUUCUGUGUCCUCCCCUCGAUGGAAUUGAGAAUGGAGUCAUCACCUACGCUCCCGACACAACACCUAACUAUGAUCUGGGCACUGUGGCUACUUAUGACUGUGAUGCUGG